AUGAUUAACCUUGCUUCAAAUCCAUCAAACUUGACGUUUUUAGACUGUGGAUCUACAAAUCUCACUAUCACCAAUAUCCCAAUUGAUAUCACUAACUUGACUGAUGUGAGUUAUGUGUUACAAAAGUUUGAAGAUGAUUAUCAAUGUGGAAUAAGUUAUUAUCAAUAUAUGAAUAAACAUAAGAGACAAUUGGGUCUGGAGUUAAUGUCAAGAGACCUACAACCAAAUAUCACUCUGCAAGAAUAUGAUUGUGGGUUAUCAAAUUUGGCUAUCUCUCUUGAAAAUACAAAUGGAACUGACUUUUAUGAUAAUGUAAUUUAUAAUUGUGGAUUAUCAUAUGCCGUAAAUAAGGCAACAAAAUCAGAUUCUCAAAUGAUUAAAAUUCCAAAAUUAUUAUUGAUGGUUAGUUUAUUAAGUGUUAUUUUAUCAUUAAUCUAA